GCCCCAAAAUUAUCUCAUUCGGCAGUUUUCAUUAGAUUGCGAAGCGAUGCACUUGAACGAGGCGCGUGGAUAAGAGUCCUUUUAAAUAGAUAUUUUAAAAACUAAUUCUACGAAGGAUAACAAAAUGACAAAUGAAAAAAAUUUAUCCUUUGGGGCUGGCUGCGAUGAGAAGAACAAGUAUACGUAUAAAAAUGGCGAAGACUUCUACGAUCAGUCGCAUGCCAUGGAUAUGGAUAUUCACAGCAGAUAUACUGCACCCAAACGGGCAAAUUGGCUGCUACGUCGCAUCUAUAUUCUCAGCUGGAUACGCAAAUAUGAUCGCGGACAGGCGUUUGCCGAUCUAAUCGCAGGCAUUACCUUGGGCCUAACUAUUAUACCUCAGAGCAUUGCGUAUGCUUCGCUGGCGGGCAUUCCCUCGGAGUAUGGUCUGUACUCUGCGUUUAUGGGCUCCAUGAUCUAUGUGUUCUUCGGCACCAUACCGCAGGUGUCCAUUGGACCUACUAGUCUUAUGGCUAUAAUGACGCUACAAUAUUGUUCAGACAAACCGGUGCAGGUGGUGGUGGUGCUGGCCUUUAUAGCUGGUUUGGUGGAGCUGCUUAUGGGCAUCUUUCAGCUCGGGUUUAUAGUCAACUUUAUACCUGAUCCAGUGACGAAGGCUUUUACCACAGGCACAGCUUUUAUUGUGAUUAUAGCGCAGGCUCCAAAUCUGCUGGGAGUUAAGCUUAAAAAGUUGCCAAUAGCUGAAUUCUUUAGCAACAUACAUGCUACAGAUGCCGCCCUAGGCAUUACCUGCAUUUGUUUGCUGUUGCUUUUGAGACUGCUCGCACAAGUAAAAUUAGGCCGCAAUCUGGGUUUGAAGAAGUUGCUCUGGUAUGUUAGCAUUUCACGCAAUGCUUUGAUUGUCUUCACCAGCGGUCUAAUGAUUUACAUUUGGGUGCACAAGACCUCAUUGGAGACUGUGCCCUUUGUGCUGUCCUCCAAAGUGGCCUCAGCCAUGCCUACUAUACAAUUGCCGCCCUUUUCAUUUGUUGCUUCAAAUCGCACCUAUGAAUUUAUUGAUAUACUGCAAGAGCUACACAGCGGUGUUAUUGUAGUGCCUAUUGUUGCCGUGCUGGCAAAUGUAGCCAUAGCCAAGGCUUUUGUUAAGGAUGGACGUCUGGAUGCUUCGCAGGAAAUGCUGACGCUGGGCCUGUGCAAUCUGGCUGGUUCCUUUGUCAGUGCCAUGCCCACUUGUGGCGCCUUUACGCGCUCGGCCGUCAGUAAUGCUUCAGGUGUGCGCACACCCAUGGCUGGCAUUUAUACGGGCUUAAUAGUGCUCUCAGCGCUGUCCAUAUUAACGCCCUACUUUCAAUACAUACCCAAGGCUUCGCUGGCUGCUGUGCUAAUAGCUGCUGUAGUCUUUAUGAUUGAAGUGAAGCCUGUUUUGGAGCUUUGGCGUUCUAGCAAAAAGGAUUUCUUUAGCUGGGUGGGCACGCUUAUCAUAUGUCUAACGCUGGGUGUUGAGUUGGGUCUGCUCUUUGGCAUACUUGUAAGCCUGGUUAAUGUUUUGCUGCGUCUGGGCAAUCCUCAUGUUGACGUCGCGCUUAAGCAGCUUUUGCAGUGCGACACCGAGUAUUAUAUACACAUUAAACCAAACACGGAUAUCUUCUAUACGGGCGUGGAUACUUUACGCUCCGAGAUACGCGGCGCCUGCGCUUUGUAUCGCUUUGAUUUCCCUCUUGUUGUCGACUGCGCGCGUUUCACACAGUUUGAUGCAACGUUCAUAGAAAUGCUGCUAGCUGUGGCCAACGAGCUGGAAGAGCAGAAUGUUGCAUUAAUUCUGCAUCGCAUGAGCCUCAAACAGCAGCAGCUGCUGCCUGUUCAUAACAACAUACGCUACUGCAACGAGGAUCAGCUGAUUCUGACGCUGCCGUCGGCACCUGCACUGACCGCCAAGCAGUAGACAAAUUAAUACAGUAUUAGCCAAAUACAUAGUAUAAGCAGUAGCUUGACUAAUUGCAGUUACAGUUUAAAUUACCUGCAAU